UUAGUUGAACAGCUUACCACUGCAAAACAUUUCAUUUACCACGUUGUCUCCUGGUUUAUCCGGUUGCUCUUUAUUUACAUUUUUAAUUGUUAAUUUGAUGACUACCCUGUUGAUUAAAUUUAGUCGCUAUGAAUUAUUUGAAGACUCUUAAAGCCAAACCCAAGGCUUUACCAUCUCUAACUAAUAUUUUGACUGAUGAUCAAGCAUCCGAGAGUGAUAUUUCUACAAGGUUUACUCAACUGCGUGAAAUAAUUAUAUCGAACCAAGCAAACUUGCCCGUGCUAAUUGACAAUUUGAACCUUAUUUCCAGCAAUCUUAACCUGAUUCUUGUUAAAUGGCGACGUUCAACUCAACUGGGUCAAAUACUUUUCACUAUUCCUUGGCGUAAUUUGGUGUUCAAAGAUCAAGCAGGACUUGAUUUACUUACCUGUUUAUUGGACAUGCUUAGUGAUAUGAUAGCUAUUACUCCUAGCUUUAUUCAGCCAAUUAUAAAAAAUAUAAUUCUUAAAAUUUAUCUAGGAGACAUUAGUGAUGGGACUGGUGAUAAACUCAGUUCUGCUGAAUCUCAUGUAUUCCAAAGGACACACACUUUCAUGAAAGAAUUGGUCGAAACUUAUCCAUCCGCCUCGCAAUUGAUCACCGGUCUCAUUGGAUCAAAUUUUCCUCACUACAUAACAUCAACAUCACACGGUUAUAUUUCUUAUUUAACUAAUAUUUUAGCUUCAAUCGACUAUUUAUUGGAUACAUAUGACAUUCUAAAUACUGUGGUUGACAAAUUAAUUUGGUUGGAGUUAUCUUCAUACAAGGUUGCCGGUGAUAAUAAAGUAGAUAAUUCUAAAGCUGAUACCAGUGCUAAUGAUGUUGAUUUGUCUGUAAAAUGUUUCAGUCUGUUUGAUAUUGGAUUUGACCUUUUCCUCAACAAAGUUCAUUACCUACUUCAUCCUGAUGGACACGCAUAUGAUUUCACAAAAGCUGAAACAGCAAUUAAUGCUCUCGAGGACAUAUUCUUCCAUCAAGUAAUAAACAUUGAAGCUUUAAUCAACCUUCCAUUUACAUUGGUUUAUUGGUCGAGUUUUUCAGAAGAUCUGUGUGAACGAACCUUGGAAAGGCUUUGGUAUAAUACCAUCAACUAUCCAGAUAAAAGUAACCAAAGGACUGUACUGCUGUUAGCCUCCAUGAUGGUAGAAGCAAGCUAUAUCAAGACUGACCAUGUUUUAAUUUUCUUAGAAAAUGCCAUCAAUUGGGCUUUAGGAUAUUCAGAGUCAUAUAGUGAUGUAAUAAUUGACGAAAAUUUUAAUCCUAAUGUCCAUUCAAUUUUCUAUGCUGUCACUCAAUCAAUCUUUUAUCUAAUCUCUUGUAAAAUAAGUGACUUUAGCCAAAUUCAACUUAAAUCGUUGAGGCUACUUAAUUUGCAAAGCUUGAUUACUGCUAAAUUAAAUCCGUUACUCUAUUGUUUACCAACAAUUGUAGAACAAUUUGUUGCAAUAGCAAAAGAACAUCAAAUUGCUUUAUGUUCAAUUGUGGUUGACCGAAAUAAGAGAUUAGGUUUAGAUGUAUCCACAUUCUUUAACCAUUCUCUGUGCUACUAUUUCCCAUUUAAUAGUUGCACAUUUCAAAUAGCAUCUCCUAAAUUUGAUAACAUUCUUUGCUAUUGAAUCAAUGAUGAUCAAGAUGAAACUAUCAUGUACUUAUGGCGAUUAAGAUUUCAUUUUCUAUUUAUUAUUUAUGACAAAUAAAGCACAGUUCUGGUAAUAA